GUCCCUGGUUUUCUUUUUCUGUAGUAAAAAUCUUUCAUUCUAUUUCAGGUAUAUCUAUAAUUUCUGGUACUUAUGUUUGGAAACCAGUCUAACACUCUCAUUCACACUUCCUUUUCCGUCAACGUAUAUUAGCGAAGGUAAAUCAAGAUGGGGGCCUACAAAUACAUGCAGGAGAUGUACCGUAAGAAGCAGAGUGAUGUGCUUCGUUUCUUGCUCCGUGUGAGAACAUGGCAGUACCGUCAGUUGUCUGCAAUCCAUCGUGCCCCAAGGCCAAACAGACCAGACAAGGCCAGGCGAUUGGGAUAUAGAGCCAAGCAAGGAUAUGUUAUUUACCGUGUCCGUGUUCGUCGUGGUGGACGUAAAAGGCCUGUUCCCAAAGGUUGCACAUAUGGAAAGCCAAAGUCUCAUGGUGUUAACCAACUCAAGUUCCAGAGGUCGCACAGAUCAGUUGCAGAGGAACGUGCUGGUAAACGCUGCAGGGCUCUCCGUGUUUUGAACUCUUACUGGGUGGCUGAGGAUGCCACAUACAAAUUUUAUGAAAUCAUUAUGGUAGAUCCAUUCCAUAAAUGCAUUCGAAGUGAUCCCAAAGUGAACUGGAUUUGCAGACCUGUGCACAAGCACAGAGAAGUACGUGGUCUGACAUCCGCCGGAAAGUCGUCUCGUGGUCUUGGAAAGGGUCACAAGUUCAACAACUCGAAAGGUGGCUCAGUCCGUGCUUGCUGGAAGAAACACAAUACCCUCAGUCUGCGCAGGAAGCGUUAAACUUAAUUUUUUUUCUUUUCAAAUUUAUUUCUUCGUUUGACCAACUCUGGGGAACUUGUAAAUUUUGGAAUGCUGUUUUGUUUUCAUGUCAAGUGAGAGUUGUAAUUGAAAUAAAAGUGGCUUUCCACAUGUGCAGCA